AUGAAGCAGAGAUACUCUUCUUUGGAUGUUCAGGUAAUAUCUAAAGAGCUCGCCUCUGAGCUAGUCGGCCUGCGUGUCUCGAACAUCUAUGACUUGUCAACAAGAAUCUUCCUAUUCAAAGUCUCCAAACCCGACCACCGCAAACAACUCAUCGUCGACUCGGGCUUCCGGUGCCAUGUGACUCAAUACUCGCGAGCAACAGCAGCAACGCCUUCUCCCUUCGUCAGUCGUCUGCGAAAAUGCCUUAAGUCUCGCCGUAUUACAUCCGUAAACCAGAUUGGGACAGACCGUAUCAUCGACUUCAGUUUCAGCGAUGGCAUGUACCACAUGUUGUUGGAGUUCUUCGCAAGCGGGAACGUCAUUAUAACCGACAAGGAUUACACCAUUAUCGCGCUUCUCCGCCCAGUAUCUGGCGGCGAGGGAUUGGAGGAAGCUAAAGUCGGGCUGAAGUACACGGUUACAAAUAAGCAGAAUUACAACGGGGUGCCGGAGGUCACGCGAGACCGCAUCAGGGAGACAUUGGAGAAAGCACAGAAGACUUUUGCGCAAGAAGACGGCGUGCCGAAGAAGUCGAAGAAGAAGAAUACCGAUGUCUUGCGCAAGGCUCUUUCGCAGGGCUUUCCGGAGUACCCGCCACUUCUACUAGACCAUGCCUUUGCGACGAGGGGCGCUGACCCUGCGACACCGCUGGAUCAAGUACUUGGCGAUGAAGGCCAAAUGAAUAUGGUUUGGGGGGUGUUGGAGGUAGCCCAAGAUGUUUCUGCCGAUUUGUCCGCGGACAAAGAACAUGCUGGAUUUAUCGUCGCGAAAGAAGAUACCCGUCCAAAGGCACCUGAGCCGGAUUCUGAGAAGGAUGCUUCGUCCUCAAAACCUGACCUGCUUUACGAGGAUUUCCACCCAUUUAAGCCACGACAAUUUGAAGGAAAGGAGGGCUUCACGAUCUUAGAGUACCCAUCUAUGAAUGCAACAGUGGACGAAUACUUUUCAUCUAUCGAGUCCCAGAAAUUGGAAUCGCGGCUGACGGAACGGGAAAGCGCCGCGAAAAAGAAGCUCGAUUCGCUAAGACAGGAGCAUGAGAAGCGACUUGGGGCUCUUGAAGAAUCUCAAGACUUACAUAUCCGGAAGGCAAGUGCCAUUCAGGACAAUGUGUAUCGCGUGCAAGAGGCAAUGGAUGCUGUCAACGGAUUGAUCGCGCAAGGCAUGGACUGGGUGGAAAUUGCACGCUUGAUUGAAAUGGAACAAAGCAGGGGAAAUCCUGUAGCGAGGGUUAUCAAGUUGCCACUAAAACUACAUGAGAACACCAUCACACUUCUACUAAGAGAAGUCGGAGGAGAUGAGGCAGACGACGAGGAGCUGUUCUCAAGCGAUGAGUCUGAAGAAGAAUCCGAAGAGGAUGACGAAGAGGCAGCAGCAGCGACCUCUCAGAGAAAUUCCCAAGCCCUGACAAUAGAUAUCGAUCUUGGUCUUACGCCCUGGGCAAAUGCGACCCAAUACUACGACCAGAAGAGAUCCGCUGCUGUCAAGGCCGAGCGAACAACACAAUCAUCGGCAAAGGCACUGAAAAGCCACGAAAAGAAAGUUAAAGACGACCUAAAGAAAAACCUAAAGCAGGAGAAGCAGGUCCUAAGACCCGCCAGGAAGCCUUUCUGGUUUGAGAAGUUCCUCUUCUUCAUCUCUUCUGAGGGGUAUUUGGUGCUAGGGGGCCGUGACGGAAUGCAAAGCGAGAUGCUUUACCGGCGCUAUCUACGAAAGGGAGAUAUCUUCGUGCAUGCGGACCUCGAAGGGGCCACGCCAAUAAUUGUCAAGAACAGACCUGGAGCACCCAGCUCCUCCAUAUCGCCUACGACUUUGUCUCAGGCGGGCAACCUCAGUGUUGCAACGUCGACCGCGUGGGAUUCGAAAGCAGUUAUGUCUGCCUUCUGGGUCACUGCGGACCAAGUAUCUAAAACUGCCGAAGCAGGCGGUGGUCUUCUUCCUGUCGGUGAAUUCCGCGUCAAAGGGGAGAAGAACUUCCUCGCCCCUUCACAGCUUGUUUUGGGCUUUGCUGUGAUGUGGCAGGUCAGCAAGGAGAGCUUAGUAAAUCACAAGAGCUUCAGAACUGAGGAGAUCCCAGCUGUGGACCAAGCUCAAGCGGUAGAGGAAGCAGCAGUCGAAAGGGCCGAGAGUCGGGAGGAGGGCAAGACUGUUCUACCUGUUGAUACUUCUGAUCUUGAUGUACAAGAGCAGGAAGAACAGGAGGAGGCUUCAGAAGACGAUGAGCAAGAUAAUGUGGAUACGGUUUCUGCGGCGAACCCAUUACAACCGCAAGAGGAGACCACACAAGAAUCAGAGGUGGUUAAGCAAGACGACGCACACGAUGCAGGGUCCGCUGACCGAGAGGAACCGGAAGAGACGGAAGGUCAUGUUGAACCAAAUGAAGAGGAUGAGGGAGAGAAAGAUGCUCCAGCGGAUGACCAGUCUGUAGCGGAUGGUACCGAAAGUGUAGCAUCCUCACAAACUCAAGGCAAGAGACAUCUUUCCGCUAGAGAAAGGCGCCUACUCCGAAAAGGAAAACCUCUUGAUACAGCAACCCCGAAGUCCGAAGAAGCAAGUGGACAAUCAACGCCGGCAAACAACGGAACAUCCACUAAGGACGCAAAGCCCGCACUAGCUCCCGCUCGCGGCCGAAAAGGCAAGACAAAGAAAGCAGCAUCGAAGUACGCAGAUCAGGACGAGGAAGAAAGAGCACUUGCCCUUCGUCUCUUGGGCGCAAACAGUGCUAAAGCGCAAAAGGCUGCAGCUGAAGCCGAAGCAAAGGCGAAACGGGAAAAGGAGGCCGAGGAGGCGAAGAAACGCCGCAAGGCUCAGCAUGAACGUGCUGCUCAGGCAGAAAGAAAGCGACAGGCCCUAUUCGAAGAGGGGGCAACCGAUGACUACGACGAAGAAACCGCUGCUGCUGAAGCUGCGGAUCUUGAGUGGUUACCCGCCCUGGUUGGCACGCCUCAACCGGAGGAUGAGAUUUUGGCGGCCAUCCCGGUUUGUGCACCUUGGUCGUCUCUUGGGCGGUACAAGUACAAGAUUAAGCUACAGCCAGGCGCAGUGAAGAAAGGCAAAGCCGUCAAAGAGAUCCUGGGGCGAUGGGUGUCCGAGACAACAACGGGGAAAGUCAAGAAAGAGCAUGCCGAGGAUGCAGGAAUCAGUCGAGGUGCUGCAGAGAAACUCCGAGCCCGAGAGGGAGAGCUCCUCAAAGGAUGGAAGGAUACUGAGAUCAUCAACACUGUGCCUGUCAGUAAAGUAAGGAUCAUGGUUGCCUCGGGUGGUGGUGGUGGCGGCGACAAGGGGAAGGGAAAGGGUGGCAGCAAUAAUAAGGGGUCCAGCAACAAAGGAGGCAAAGGUGGAAAGAAGAAAUAA